AUGUCGUCGUCCUUUGGCCCAAGCUUAACGCGAAGGGAUACGGCCAAAUCAGGGUCUGGGCAUGAUCUCUCUCAUGUCGGUAGUCUUCCUGUGAGCAGCGGAGGUGGUCCGUUUGGACCGCAGAGUGCUAGUGCCAUCUACCAACAAAUUCACGAAAUGGCUACGAAGCGGAUUUCCACAUUGGACUACUUGAGGAAAGCUAUGGAAGGUCGGGUCUACUGGUUCAAUACCGUACAUUUUUCACGAGCAGAUAUCGGCCGCUUGCCAUAUUUUGAAGGACGAAAACUGGCUCGACGAGCUGUCAACUUGCUCCUCCUAGGUCUAUCUCUACCGCCAAUCCUAGACGUCAAUACGACUGCCCUCGAGUAUCUAAAAACUCUCAACGCUCUAUUAAUCGAGUUUGAGACCUACCAGCAAAUCCACCCACCCGAUGGUAGUUCCUCUUCGACUCUUGCGAGGGCGCGCAUACCACAGAUGUUCAAAAGAGCGGCACAUGUAGGGACAAAGACUCGACGAGCCAGCUCUGCGACGGAGAUCGGACUGCCGAUGCAGACUAGCGACCCGGCAGACUUGAAGAACGCAGCAGGAAACUUGAAUUCUCCCUCUGGCUCUGCGGCGGCCUCUAUGAUAUCAUUCCCAAUCACAGAAUCAUCUGAUCUCCUCCAUGGCGAGGAAUACACAUUCCUCCUUACUCCAUCACUGCCCUUUGAGCCAGACUUUUUCGAGACAUUUGCCACACUUUGUGAUGUCUUGAUUGACUGCUAUGGACGUGUUGCAAACCUGGUAUCAACCCCGUCAGUGUGCACAGUGGCAUUAGGAGAGACAUUCUCCAAAGCCGAUGCUAGACUGCGCAAGAUAAUGGUUGCGGGUUCGGUGCGAGAGUUUGAGGACGCAAGCCGAAAUAGCGUCAAAAAUGAGAUUUCUGGCGUCAGUCGAGUUGUUCUUGGUGGACUUCUGGGUUAG